AUGAAUUCAUUUCAAGUAAUUCGUAAAGAGUCAAAAUCGGAUAUUGCAUCAUCUUGCCUCAUUUAUGCAAUUAAACCUGAAAGAAAUUUUAAGAAAACUGAUUUGUUGGAAUUUUUAAUUAACAAAAUCGACCAACCUAGCAUAGCUUUAAAACAUGCAUUAGAUCAUUAUAAAGUCGGAUUCAAGCUUAAUUAUAAGACAAUUAGAACAACUACGAAAAUCAGAUCCCUAAGCGUUCAUUCAAAUUUCUAUUAUUGGAUACUUAAAAAUUGUGAUCCAAAUUCUGAGAUUUCACGAAAAUGUUUUGAUGAUAUUUUUGAAUCCCGAAUUUGGAUUGACCUAAAACUGCAGGAAACUCCUGAAAGGAAUAUUCCAAAACAUCUUACUACUAGUUCUUUUAAUUCUAUUUGUUAUAUAUAUCUUGAAUUUUGUAAUGGAAAAGUUCCAUUCAAUCAAGAUUGUAUGCAAUAUUUACAAUUGGUUAAUAAUAAUGAAAUAAUUAAUCCAAUUUUUGGAAUUUCCUUACCUAUUAUUUUUGGUUUGGAAAUAAAGGAAACAUUACCUUUAAAAAAUAUUUAUGAAUUUAAUUUACCAGAAAUUAAAUUCAAUAACAGUAUUCAAAAUAAUAAUAAUAAGAGAAAUUUUGAUAAAUUAAAUAAUCAUCAAUUUAUUAAGAGAAAUAAAUG